AUGCAUCGAAUCAAUUGCGCAACUUCGUUUACCAAUCGGUCACCCAGCUUUAUCACGGACGCCGACCUUACAAACGAGGAGGACCAAUCAUUCAACAGCCGGAUUAAAAAUCACAAUGGCGGCACAAACAAUAAGUUACAACAGAGACUUGGCAGCGCAGAAGCAGAUACGGUGCAGAUUACAAAUGAUUAUCGAAGUAGCAAAACAUGCCCAACAUGUCACCAUCCGAUGAAACUGCACAAGUAUCGUAUCGAUGAAAAGCUCAAGAUGGCAAACGGUGCGCUUCGGUGCAUCAACGGCAAUUGUCUGCAUCAUCGAAAAAGCACGUUUGGACGUGAUGAAGCGGCGGGUUACAAUAUAUCGAUUAUUGGUGUAUCCAAAGCAAUAUCGUCCGACAACAAGCCACUGCCCAUCUUCUCGCCAUCAAAACACCGAUCUUUCCAAGUCGCUUCCCAUAUGAAGCAGUACCUGACGUGA